GUGCGAUACUUCUCGGGGGAUGCUAUUGUUCUGCCUCACGAUUACCGAGCAAGAAACGGUACAUGGGAUGUUCAGUGUGCUGCGUUAUAUUAUAUUGACGAAAAUAUUCAUGGGAUGGAAUGGUGGGCUUUUGCACAGGUGAGGCUCCAUCGAUCAUAGGACGCCAGGCAGGCCUCUGCACUCUAGUUAUGAAUGUGUGUCCCUCUGUCAUAUGGACACGUUGUAUGAUACACCCACUGAGCUGUAAUGGGUUCACCGAGAGCAACUGGAGGCAAAAGAGCUGAAGCGCAGAACUCGGAGAUAUGCAGCAGGUAACAUCGAUUGUAAACUACAUAGCAAAACUUUUUGGAGAUAUCGGAUCAGAGCAGGACUGUUCUAUUUCACUUGUCUUGGUUAUUGAGGUGAAGUGUUUAAAUAUUUUUGGGAAUUGAGAGAGGAACUGUGGUCAUUCGCAAUGGAUGUAAAAAAACAAACAGACUUUGUUGACUUUCUGUGUAAGGAAAAUAAAAUGUGUCUCCUUGCCUAUGUAGCAGACAUAUUUUGUGAAACUGAACGCAAGCAUGCAGGGGAAAUACAAAACAAUUCUACAGAUGAGUGACCGAAUCAGCGAAAUCCGUUUGACUGUGAUCCUGGCUCAGUUGACAUCCCGGUAAGUGGAAUCGAACAGCUGGUCGAGCUGUCACGUGGCCGAAUGCGUCAGACCAUGCAUUCACCGGUCACUAUGGAGGAAAUUCGGUUCCUGACUCAAAGGGAAUACUGUGCCGUCUCCCUCCGAGCAUUACAAGGAAUGGUAUGCUGAUUCAGUGCUGUCUGCAUUAAAAACAAAUAUUGACCCCGGUUGGAUAUGACAGGAGAGAUGAGGUUCUCACUGUCGACCACGCCCCCUGACUUUGUGAAGCCUCGUCGCAACAUCCAUCAAGCCCCCCAUCUCAUUAGUGGUGGUGAAAUAAGAUUUUCAAUUGACUCUCGUAGCCCCAUAUGAAACGUAUAUGAUGAAUGAAAAUAAGAUGUGCCCUGUUCCAUAAAUUGAGACAGAGGUGCUUCCUGUUGUCCCUGGCCCUGCUGCUGCUGUGUCUGCUGAAGCUGUUCUAUGUUAAAGUAUCUUUGAGGAACAGCUUCUACAUCGAACCCUAUGGAAUCACAGACCGCUCCUCACAGAACCACAACCACCAGUACAACAUCAACUGCACCGCCAUCUACCAACUGGACCCUGUGGAGGUAGGGAAGUCAUUGGAGAUCAGACGCAAAGUCAUAGUGGACCUGGAGGAUGACCGCCUUGUGUCUUUAACCACAGACUGUCAGAGGUACAUCGAGACGAGAGGAUAUGACGUCAUCCCAGUGUCGGAAGAGGAGCGGGGGUUCCCGCUGGCGUACUCCCUGGUGGUGCAUAAGAACGCUGCCAUGGUCGAGAGGAUCUUCAGGGCCACCUACGCCCCUCACAACCUCUACUGCAUUCACUAUGACCAGAAGUCCUCUCAGAGCUUCAUAGCAGCCAUGAGGAACCUGGCUCACUGCUUCCCUAACCUCUUCCUAGCCUCCAAGCUGGAGUCAGUGCAAUACGCCCACAUCACACGGCUUAACGCCGACCUCAACUGCCUCAACGACCUGUUAGAAAGGUCAGAGGUCAAGUGGAAGUAUGUCAUCAACCUCUGCGGCCAGGACUUCCCCCUCAGGUCGAACGGUGAGCUGGUGUCGGAGCUGCAGGCACUGAACGGUGCCAACAUGCUGGAGACCUCCCGUCCCAGCGAGCUGAAGAAACAGCGCUUCCGUUUCCAGCACCAGCUGAAGGAUGUGCCCUACGAGUACCGCCGCAUACCCGUCCGAACCACACAGGCCAAGGCGCCGCCGCCUCACGACAUUGAGAUGUUCAUCGGCAGCGCCUACUUCGUCUUGUCCCGUGACUUUGUCCUGUUCGUGGAAACCAGCCGGGUGGCAAGGGACUUCCUGGAAUGGUCAGCUGACACUUACUCUCCGGAUGAACACUUCUGGGCAACGUUGACGAGAAUCCCCGGUGUACCGGGAGAGAUCUCCCGGUCUGCCCCAGAUGUAACAGACUUGAAGAGUAAGACGCGUCUGGUGAAAUGGAAUUAUCUGGAAGGGUCUCUGUACCCUCCCUGCACUGGGACUCACAUGAGGAGUGUCUGUAUAUAUGGGGCUGCAGAGCUGCGAUGGUUGCUGAACUAUGGCCACUGGUUCGCUAACAAGUUUGACCCCAAAGUUGACCCGGUGCUUAUCAAGUGUUUAGAGGAGAAACUGGAAGAGAAACGUAGGCAAUGGGAGAACACUGUGAAGAAUUGAAAAGGAAAAACAUCUGUAAAUGAAAUGGGAGAAUCAGUUCAUUUGUUGGUUUAUAUGGAAGAUCUACCCAGUCUGCAGAUGAGGUACUCCAGAUCAACUAACUGCAAGGAAUAAGUCAAAAUUCUGCAGUGGCAGGAUUUUCUUGUUUUACAAAAAAAUAACUUUUAUAUCUAUUGAAUACUAGUUCAAACUAGUUGAACCCCGCUGAAAAUGAAGGGUUGAAGUUCAAUUGGACUGUUCGAAUAAAAGGCCCAACAGCUCUUUAAUGAUGUCCAAGAUGGACGUUUCAGAGGUGAAACAAGACGAUCAAUGGCCAUCUGUCACGGAUAUCGCAAAGAACUUGUCACAUGUUGCAAUAACACCUAAUGGAAUGUCUCAUCUUGAUACCAGAUCCAAUGAGAAAUGCAUGUAGAUUGAGUAGACAGUCAUUUAUGUUAUUGUCGAAGAUGCUGUCACGUAGGUGAAAUGCUACACUCUUUACCAAACCAACAAUACCAAAGACUCUCGACUGUAACAAAACGGCACAUCAAAGCUGGAUGUCAGGUUUUUAUACAUUUUCAUGGAAACACUUAUUUUUUGUAUUAGUAUUUUAGUAUUAAGAAUUAGUAUUUUAGUAUUAAGAAUUAGUAUUUUAGUAUUAAGAAUUAGUAUUUUAGUAUUUAUCAUCUAAAUGAUAGUAUCUAUUUGUAGAGAAGGGAGUUUGAUACAGCAGUAAUGCAACAAUGUUUAUAUCUCUUAAUAAGUAUAAAUGAUUUGUUUCUUAAUACAUCUAUCACUUUGAA